UGGUUGAAAAUUUUGACGAUGUUUUCAACCGCAUCCAAGAGAUAAUCGAUGAUCAGAAACAACGAGCCGGGCAACAGCAUCAGGAACACAGUGAAACACCUGCCAAAAAAGUGCCAGGGGAGAAGUUGAAGGAUGCAUUGGAGCAGUACUUGAAGGAACUACCCGUGAUCGGUUUCAAUUCAGCAAAGUACGACAUCAACGUAAUAAAAAAGUACUUGUACAAGAAAUUACAGGAGGCAGGCGAUCCGGUGGAGAUGGUCAUCAAGAGAACUGGUUCGUAUAUGUCCCUCAAAACUCAAAAAUUGAAGUUCCUCGAUAUCACUAAUUAUCUUGCCCCUGGAUAUUCUUACGCAAAAUUUUUAAAGGCGUACGAGUGUCCGAGCGCCAAGGGUUUCUUCCCGUACGAGUAUAUGACAGACCUGGACAAACUGCACGAAACAGAACUGCCACCCCACGCUGCUUUCUAUAGCACGCUAAAAGACGAAAACAUCUCUGAGGACGACUACCACUACUGUCAGCAAAUUUGGCGGGACAAAAGCAUGACGACGCUUCGUGAUUUUUUAAUGUGGUACAACAAUCUAGACGUUGUUCCAUUUCUGGACGCCAUUCACAAAAUGUUUGAAUUCUACAAAGAGCGUCAAAUGGAUAUGUUUAAGUCCGCUAUCUCUGUCCCCGGCUUGUCGCUACAGUAUCUCUUCCUCACCCUGCCUCAGCCAGACGUCCACUUCAGCCUCAUAGACGAAGCGAACAAAGACGUAUACUACGCCAUUAAGGCUAACAUCGUGGGUGGUCCUUCCAUCGUUUUUCAUCGAUAUCAUGAGAAGGAGAAGACAUUCAUUCGUGGAGGUAAACUGUGUCAGAAUAUUGUGGGCUUUGACGCCAACGCGUUGUAUUUAUGGUCGCUCAUGCAGGACAUGCCCGUUGGGACUUUUGUCCGUAGAAAGGCUGAUCAAAACUUCAAGCCGUUUCAAAGCCAAAAGUGGGGUGUUAUGGCAGCCGAAUGGAUGGACUGGGUGGCUUAUACAGAUGGUGUUUACAUACAGCAUAAACUCAAUGCCAAAGAAAAACAAGUUGGUGACAGACAAAUCCCUGUGGACGGUUUUUGUAAACAAAAUAAUACAGUGUACCAGUUUCAAGGGUGCUUCUGGCACGGUCACCGGUGCCAUCUCAAUAAGAGCGAGUUUAACCAUGUUAGGAAAACCAGUAUGGAUGAGUUGAGGCAACAGACAGAGCAGACUUCCGCCUAUAUUCGACAACACGGCUUUCAACUAAAAGAGAUGUGGGAGUGUGAGUGGCGGCAAAUCCUAUCCACCGAGCCAGGCGCAAAGCAGUUUGUAGAGUCACACAGACUACCCCACCACAACCGUAAGACGAUGAACCAACGGGAAAUCAUCAACGCAGUGAUGGACGGGUCCAUUUUUGGUCUUAUCGAGUGUGACAUCGAAGUCCCGGAAGCUUUGAGAGAUGACUUCGCAGAAAUGCCGCCUAUUUUUAAGAAUGUGGACAUUGACAGAGCGGAUAUCGGUGAGCAUAUGCGGAGUUACGCCGAACGAGAAGGAGUGAUGAAAACACCGCGGCGCAGUCUGAUCGGCAGCAUGUUCGCUAAGAAAAUCCUUUUAGCCACGCCACUCCUCCAAUGGUACCUCAAUCAUGGUCUGGAGGUCCUGCACAUCCAUGAAGUCAUCCAGUAUAGACCAUCAGCAUGUUUCAAGCCCUUUGGAGAGGCGGUUAGCGACGCAAGAAGGGAUGGUGAUUCGGAUCCAACAAAAGCCAUCAUCGCCGACACGAUGAAGCUGUUAGGCAAUUCAGCGUACGGAAAAACGGUUACAAAUCAAGAAAAACAUCUACAGGUGAAAGUCUGCAGCAGCAACGAAGAAGCCACCCGUCUCAUAAACAAUCCCAACUUCAGAUCCCUGCACACUCUCGAUGAUGAACUCUUUGAAGUCGAACUUAACAAAAAAUCAAUACGCCUUGGCCUCCCUCUCCAAAUAGGGUUUUGCGUAUAUCAGUAUGCAAAACUGCGCAUGUUGGAGUUUUAUUAUGACUUUCUCCUGACAUUCAUAGAUCCGUCCGACUUUCAGCUCUGCGAAAUGGACACCGACUCAGCGUACCUGGCGAUAUCUGGGGAGAGCUUAGACACCAUCGUGAAACCUGAGUUGCAAGAGGAAUUCCAGCGAGAGAAGGGAUCCUGGUUCCCACGUGAAGACAGCGCAGCUCACCGUGCCUAUGACAAGCGGACGCCCGGGCUUUUCAAGGUCGAAUGGGAAGGGGACGGCAUCGUGGCUUUGUGUAGCAAGACCUACUACUGUUUCGGCACAAAAGACAAGGUGAGCUGUAAAGGACUUAACAAAAGAUCAAACGAGAUUACAAAGAGAACCUACCUUGACACGUUGGAGACGCAGCAAGCUGGUGGGGGCGUCAACAGAGGAAUCCGAAUGCGGCAGGAUGGUAUGUACACCUACGAGCAGGAGAAGACGGCCUUCAGCUAUCUCUACCCAAAGCGGAAGGUGGCAGAAGACGGGGUGUCAACCACUUACCUAGACUUAUAAGUUAUUUAUUAGGGCCAUCGAUCAGCAUCAACACCGUGACGUUAAAUAAGAUGUAAAGUGGUGGUGGUUAAUUUAUUUAUAUAUUUAAGAUUAUUUGGUUCUUUUUUUUUUAUGGUGGAGGAAUUUCUUUGCAAAAUAAGAACUAUCAAAAUUUUCUAAUUUUGACUUUUGAAACCAAACUUAUUAAACGACAAGUACAAGCUGAUAAUACACCUUAAUACAAAGUACAAGCUGAUAAUAUACCUUAAUAUUGCAAAAGUAAAUUUAAUUCCACUGGUUAAAUCUAUCGCACAUUUGACUUGACAUAAUGAAAAAAGGUUUUAUAAUUGAUUUAUUUUGAUUAUUUAUUCACAUUUAAAUGUGUAUUUGUU